AAAUAAUCCGAAUCUGAAGACAUGUCAUGUGUAAAGGAAGUAAGCCAUGGCAAACCCAAAACGUCAACACAGUAUAAAAACACACCUGUCGUAGCAUGAACUAUACAGUAAGAGCGAAUAAUAUUGUGUCUAAAUCUAAAUAAGCGUCUUGAUCAGUCUCGGUGUAUUUGGACACUCGCAAACUGAGAACUGAAGCUAAAUAUUGUGAUCAUAGGGAGAUAUAAAGGUGUUUAUGAUGAUCAGAAAAGUUUCUAAGGUCGUUUUGAGCGUCGAACAGUCUGAAGGAGUCGGGGCUCGAGUUCGCAGGAGUAUUGGACGGAGGGAGCUGAAGAAUCUGGACCCUUUCUUGAUGCUGGAUGAAUUCUGUAUCGCCAAACCAGCUGGUUUUCCUGAUCAUCCUCACCGUGGAUUUGAGACGGUAACAUACUUGUUGAGUGGAGUAACUGCCCAUGAAGACUCCUGCGGUCACAGCGGGAAGCUGGAAUCGGGAGACCUUCAGUGGAUGACUGCAGGUCGUGGGGUGAUUCAUGCUGAGAUGCCUGUGUCGGAUGGACGCAUUCAUGGCCUUCAGCUUUGGGUAAACCUGAAAAGCACAGAUAAGAUGGUGGAGCCUCAGUACCAAGAGCUGAAGAACAAGGAGAUUCCUAAACCUAGCAAGGAAGGAGUCACUGUGACCGUCAUCUCUGGUGAAGCUCUUGGAGUGAAGUCAAAGAUUUAUACGAGGACUCCAACCAUGUACCUUGACUUUUUGCUGAAGAAAGGUGCAAUUCACACGCAGCCUGUUCCUCAAGGUUGGACAGCUUUCAUCUACACCCUCGCAGGUUCUUUAUGCACUGGCCCAGACAAUGAUUUGCGGACAAUAGAGCCACACCACACGGUGGUUUUGGAAGGUGGUGACUGCGUUAGAAUGGAAAACAAGGGUGCUGAGGACUCUCACUUUGUGUUAAUUGCUGGCGAACCCAUUAAUGAGCCUGUAGUUCAACAUGGGCCAUUUGUCAUGAACACACAAGAAGAGAUUGACAAGACCAUUUCAGACUACAGAUCAGCCACUAAUGGAUUCGAGAGAGCAAAAGUCUGGCAAUCAAAGAUUGGUCAACAGUUCUAAAGUUUCUGAAAGAUCCCUCUCUGAGGGAAUAUAUCUGCUUUGGUGCCUUUACCUUCAGCUACAGCAGCUCCAAACUUACAUUAUAAUAUUGAAAUUGUACUACUGACAUUUAUUUUAAAGUAAGAUCGUAAGAUGUAAUGACAUUUUAAAUAAAGUAUUAGUCGUCUUUCUUGUAAGUUUAUUAAUAGAUAAUGUGCUCAAGGACACUUUCAUACAUCAGCAAAAAUCCUCUCAGGGCUCAGUGUGUAAAAGUAAAUUGAAUUUGUUUGUCGGUCCCAAUUAGUGUGAUGAUCGAAUAUAAUACAAUGACGCUGAUAUAAUUUAUGAGUAACUUAAGGGUCCACAAUAUGCUUAAUAUGUAAAAUGUUACUCAAUAUAUUGCUGACCAUUACGUAGGUCAUUUAUUCUGAUGUAUUGCUUAAAAUGUAUUUUCCUAUGUAUUUCUGUUUUUGGUUUGUAUUAUGUCUCUGUAUCGGAUCACAACAUGAUUU